AUGGAGCGAGGUCGCGAUCGACUCAUUCCCGAGCUCGUGAAUGAUGAUACCAAAUUGAUCAACAACGACAACAUCCUCGGCAUCCAAGUGUCGAGCGAAGCCUUGUACCGGUACUACGUGCAAGGGGCGGGAAAGACGACUGGUAGCAGCGACCGCCACGGCAUCAAGACCGUCCUCGGCCACCUCAAAACAGUGCGAAGCUACCUCCGCGACCUCAACUUAGCGUUCCCCGUCGUGAUCUCCGACAUCAUGGACAUUCGCACCGGUGGGGAUGCCCUUAUCAGUUAA